AUGCAGUAUGGACUGCUGGUUCUAGUGCUGGUAGUAUUUGCAUUGAUGACUAUUGUCAGCAUGGCACACGUUGAGCCGGAGGAGGUCGAGGUUGACAUGGAUGGUGGUCUAUUGGUUGAAGAAGAGGAGAUGCUGAUUACGGCGGAUGAGACAGACUCUGUACUGCUAAAGGACAUAGACCCGCGUUUGACACCUGAGGGUCUUGAUAAGAUUUUCUCCAAGCUAUCAGCCAAGUGUUUUGAACAAGUCCAGAAGAACCCAUCGGAUGCUACCAAAGUGUCCGAUCGUUGUCGUGGGGAGGUAGCGAGUCGCAUUCAGCGCUAUUUGGCGCGUUUAGACAAGGAAGCGAGUGGCGAGAUGAAGGACAAGAAGAAAACGACUUCUAAGAAAAAGAAACGUCGUGGCCGUAAGAGCAAGAAACAAACGCGCGCUCAUCGCGAAGCUGUAGCGGCUCAGAAGGAGGAAGAGUACCAAAAGACGCUACAGAUCAUUGUUGGUUUUGUGGUGACGCUUGUGGCCAUCAUCGCUAGUGCCAUGUUCUUUAUCAACCGCAAGCUUAAGGAUGCUGGCAUGUACUUUCCUGACCCCGAUGCUAAGGCCACGUGCUGCAACUAG